AUGGAGGCGCCGCCCGCCGCCCGCGUUCCCGCCGAAGGCACCCCGCCGGCGGCCGUGGCGGAGGUGCGCUGCCCGGGUCCCGGGCCGCUACGCCUGCUCCAGUGGAGGGUGGCGGCGGGCGAGACCGUGCGCAUCGGCUCGGUGCUGGCCGUGUGUGAGGCCACCGCCUCCGCGCAGCCCGCCGGGCCCGCCCCUGCCCGCGCGGGCUCCGGGAGCUGCGUGCGCGCCGAGCGCAGGCUGAGGUCGGAGCGCGCCGGCGUCGUGCGGGAGCUGUGCGCACAGCCGGGCCAGGUGGUGGCUCCCGGAGCGGUUCUGGUCCGAGUGGAAGGAUGCAGCCACCCAGUCGUCAUGAAAGGCUUGUGCGCCGAGUGCGGCCAGGACCUGACCCAGCUGCAGAGCCAGAACGGGGGGCAGCAGGUGCCUCUGUCCACCGCCACCGUGUCCAUGGUGCACAGCGUCCCGGAGCUGAUGGUGAGCUCGGAGCAAGCCGAGCAGCUGGGGAGGGAAGACCAGCACCGACUGCAUCGCAACAGGAAGCUGGUGCUCAUGGUGGACUUGGACCAGACCCUGAUCCACACCACCGAGCAGCAGUGCCCGCAGAUGUCGACCAAGGGCAUCCUGCACUUCCAGCUGGGCCGGGGCGAGCCCAUGCUGCACACCCGGCUGCGCCCGCACUGCAGGGACUUCCUGGAGAAGGUCGCCCGGCUGUACGAGCUGCACGUCUUCACCUUCGGCAGCCGGCUGUACGCGCACACGAUCGCAGGCUUUUUAGACCCCGAGAAGAAGCUUUUUUCUCACCGAAUAUUGUCGAGGGACGAGUGCAUUGACCCAUUUUCUAAAACGGGGAACCUGAGAAAUCUCUUUCCUUGUGGAGACUCAAUGGUCUGCAUUAUUGACGACCGAGAAGAUGUCUGGAAGUUCGCCCCCAAUCUGAUCACCGUAAAGAAAUACGUCUACUUCCAGGGCACAGGGGACAUCAAUGCUCCCCCUGGGUCCCGGGAGUCUCUGGCGAGGAAGAAAGUGAAUCAUCCUCCCAAAGGUGCUGACAUCGCAGAUCACGCUUUGUCCGUCAAGGACCCCGAGGAGGGAAGGCCGGUUCCUGGGGUCGAGCAGAGUAACGGCCUUGGGAAGCCCGCGAGGGAGCUGAACGGGGACUGGGCCCUGCCUGCCGCCCGUGCGCCCCCGGCGGAUGGGAGAGAUCCCCCAGCGUGUGCUCAGCAGCAGGGUCAGACCUCGGCAGAACAGCGGCCGCCUCAGGGUGCGUCAGGCAGCGACCUGGACUUUGACUUGUCCAGUGACAGCGAGAGCAGCAGUGAGUCGGAGGGUCGGUCCUCCUCCAGCUCUGGUGGAGAGAGCGGGGAGAAGAGGGGCCAGAGAAAGUCUAAGGCUGCUCGGGACCCUGGGAGAGGCCUGCCACAGGGCGGGCCCCCUGGCCCAGGAGGGGAGAAGUCCGCAGGGACGAAUCACUGCGCGGAGCCCGUGCCUGGCGUCCAAUCAGACCUGCAGGAGGAGGGCGAGCGAGACAGCCUCUGUGGGCUGGCGGGCGGUUCUGCCGACAAGAAGGAGGCGGAGACGGAGUCCCAGAACAGCGAGCAGUCGGGCAUCACGGUGGGCGAGUCCCUGGACCAGAGCGUGGAGGAGGAGGAGGCUGAGGAGGAGGAUGAUGACAGUGACGACCACCUGGUGCACCUGGAGGAGAUCCUCGCCCGUGUGCACUCCGACUACUACGCCAGGUACGACCGCUACCUCCGCGGGGAGACCCAGGAGGCCCCUGACAUACGGAAGAUCGUUCCUGAGCUCAAGAGCCGAGUGCUGGCAGACGUGGCCAUAAUAUUCAGUGGGCUGUACCCCACCAAUUUUCCGGUGGAAAAGACCCGGGAGCAUUACCACGCCACAGCCCUCGGAGCCAAGAUCCUCACCCAGCUGGUGUUAGACCCCGACGCCCCUGACCGGGCCACCCACCUGAUUGCCGCGAAGGCAGGCACAGAGAAGGUCCGGCAGGCCCAGGCGUGCGGAGGGCUGCACGUGGUGAACCCCGACUGGCUGUGGAGCUGCCUGGAGCGGUGGGACAGGGUGGAGGAGCAGCUCUUCCCGCUGAGCGAGGACUACGGCAAAGCGCAGAGGGAGGACGGCCCCGCAGCGUUCCCCGACAGGCAGGGUGCGCUUCCAGCUACCUUGUUCCAUCCGACACCCGUACACCCCAAGGCCCAGCCCGGCCCUGAUGUCCGGAUCUACGAUGCCAGCACCGGCAAGCUCAUCCGGAAGGGCGCUGCCGGCCCCGGGCCCCCGGGCUCCCUGCAGGUCCACACCGAGCGCUCCUCCUUCAGAGCUGUUCAACCGCACCAGCAGCAGAUGCUUGGGGAGGAGCUGCCCGAUCGCCCCGGUGGGGAGCAGCCCGGGCCUUCGAGAAGGAAGCGACAGCCCAGCAUGUCCGAGGCCAUGCCGCUGUACACCCUGUGCAAGGAGGACUUGGAGAGCAUGGACAAAGAGGUGGACGACAUCCUGGGGGAAGGCAGCGAUGACAGCGACAGCGAGAGGAAGAAGCCGGAGGAGCAGGAGGCGGAGCGGGAGGCGGCCCCCCGGCCCGGGGAGCGCCAGGCCCCAGCAGCCCCCAGGGGGCUCUCGCUGCAGGCGAAGUCACCCAGCAAGAGGAGCGCAGCCGAGGCCCGGGGGCCCAGGGGCCACAAGAGGAGGCUGAGCGACGAGGACGCAGCCAGCGAGUCCAGCAGGGGGUCCAGCGGCGAGGACGAGGAGGGGAGCAGCUCGGAGGCGGACGAGAUGGCGGCAGCGCUGGAGGCGGAGCUCGACCUCAUGUGACCUCACGGCUCCAGGCGAGGACACAUCGCUCCCCCAGGACACCCCGUCCAGAAACACGUGCACAUUCUGCGAAGCUCCACAUGCAGAAACAUCACUUUGGAGAGAUGGUGUUUUGAGAAGUUGUACUGGGAAGUCUGCUUGUUCCACAGCAGUGACGGGCAGCGUGGGCCACACCGGAGAUCUGUGGGGCUCGGCUCGGUCCUGCCACGCGGAGGGGCUUGGAGGGUUUUCCUUAGAUUCCACAGCAUCUUAUUCAGGGUGAAGACGGGGAUCCGACAUGACGCAGAGACGCGGCGAGAACCUGGCGUCCUGGGUUUU